CGUCCCGCCCCGCCCGUCUCCAUGGAACCGCAGGGAGCGGGGAUACGGAGCGGCGACGCGGAGCGGGAAUCCAAUUACUGGACUCGGUAAUUCGCUGCCAUUGAAAUGGGUUUAUUGGUGGCUGCCCUGUGUCUGUGCCUGCAGGCGGUGUCCAUUCGGUGUUGGUGUCGUGCACAGGGUGGGCAUCCCCCAGCACGUGACCCCAGAGGAGGGGGAGCAGCACUUUAUCCUGGAUGUGUGAGAAGCAGAAAUCUCUCUGGAUCUCUGGUCGUGCUGCGUCUCCUCGCAGCCAGCAGUGAGAGCCUGAGCCCGGCGUUGUGAUGCUCCGUGCUGCUGCCUGCAGCUGAUGCUGUGUGUUCAGCGGUGGGAUGGGGAAACUGCAGAGUAAGAUCAGCUUGCACACGGCCACGUACGGGGCUGAUGGCUCCAUGGGAAGGCCAGGAUGUGGUGCGGUGGUGGAGCUGCACAGCCCUGCACACAGCGAUGCUGUCACCUGCGUGGCUGCUGUCAGACCAGAGCUCUGCGUGUCAGGAGGAAAGGAUAAGAGUGUGGCUGUCUGUAACUGGAGGUCCGGAGCUGUGCUGGGGCGCUUCAUCAGCCAUGAGCACGAGGUCACCAAGGUCACCUGCACCCAUGAUUCCAACAGAGCCUUCAGUGCAUCCCGGGACAGAACAGUAAUGAUGUGGGAGCUCCACGGGACCUCAGGGCCAAGGCAGUUCUUCCCAGGCCAUGAGCUGGUUGUUACUGGGCUGGCUGUGAGCCCGGAUGCAUCGCGGCUGUGCACAGGUUCACGAGACAACACCAUUCGCAAAUGGGAUGUGGAGACCGGAGAGUGUCUGUGCAGAGCUGCUCUCUCCAGGAACCUGGUAACACAUCUGUGCUGGGUCCCUGGGGAGCCCUACGUCAUCCAGACAUCAGAGGAUAAAACCAUCAGGAUGUGGGACAGCCGGGAGCUGCAGGUGGCACACACAUUCCCAGGCAAGCAGCACAUCCAGACAAGCUGUGAUGUGAGCCAGGACGGGCGAUACUGUGUCAGCAGCAGCAGCGGAUUUUCUGGGGAGGGCUGCGAAGCAACACUGUGGGACCUACGGCAGACGAGGAGCCGAGUGUGUGAGUACAGAGGGCAUCUGCAAACCACAGCCUCAUGUGUGUUCCUCCCACGGGGUCCUGCUCUCACCCCCAGCAUUGCCACAUCCUCAUACGACAGCAAAGUGAAGAUCUGGGACCGGGACACUGCAGCCUGCCUUGCCACUGCAUGCCUCGAGGGAGCUGGACCGCUGGUCUCACUGGCUGCCUGCGACAGCUCCACGCUGCUCUGCGCCAGCUUUCGCUCAGGGAUCCACGUGCUGCAGCUGAGGCACCGUGAGGAGCUGGAGCUGGAGAAGGUGGCAGUAUUUUGACCACAGAUCCUUCCCAGCAGAGAUUGUCUGUGGGGAUCUGAUCCUCCAAUUCUUCCACUGACAGCAGGCACCAGGUGACCUCGUGCCUGCAGAGCAGUGACAGCUGAGCUACGGUGCACAGGGGAUGUAUUGCCUGUUGUUUGCUUGUGGGCGAUGGGAAGCCAUUAGAGCUGGCUAGAAGAAGAGCUGAAUCAGUGAUGCUUUCAGGCCAAAUUCUCACUGCUGAUAAGAGCAUUGUGGGCUUUAGUCACAAAACCUCCACACAACCUGGCUGUAAAGGGAGCCAACGGAGGAGAAAUGAGCUAUGACAAAGCACGUGCCUUCUCUGUGCUGUUUCUCAGGUCUGAGUGUCUGAUCAGAGCACUCCUCCUGCACCAAGAAAACAGCUUUUACUGUGAAAAGAAGGAACAACCAAGCUGUGACUUCACUGCUGUGAGAGGAAACCAGGGAUC